AUGAACGACGAGAAGAACACUACUAACAAGAAUCCGCGGGACGAGAAGCCAGGUGAGAUAUCAGCACAGACGUUCCUGGUUGUUCUGACCGUGCGAGGUACGAACUCAAACGACAUCCAGCAAAGCUGCGAGCCCGAUGAAUCAACAACUGGCAGCAUGUCAAAGGUUCUUGCCACCCGUGCUUCUGCCGUGCCCAUUGAGGGGGUGAGCACCUUCGCCACCGCCGCCGACGCGCGCUCCGCUAUCCUUGAGUACGCGACGCGUACAGCCAAGGGUCUUACUACGAACGAAGACACGCUUCGCGCCCUGGACAACUGGGUCGCUGAGUUCAACCGCGUGAACAAGCCAUAA